AUGAAAGCAUCCUUUCGUCUGGAGAUCAAUGCUAACUCUUCUUCGACACCCCUUUUGGCUGGCAAUGGUUCUCUGCCAUACCCACCAUUGCCAAUCACUCUGGGUCGGUUAAGCUUUCACGGUUACAAUCAUCGUGCUGGCCUCAGCGAUGUCGGAGUCUCAGCCGUAGCAGAACCGGCCAGUCUGACUGUGCGUGCGGUCGUUCGAGAAGGAGACAACGUCACUUUUUUCUGUUUGAUGCAGGCAGCCCCUCCAACCACAGUUGACACCUACCCAUUUGACCAGACCAAGGAAAAUGAUCCUCGAUUUUUAAGAGAUCGCAAGUUUGGUAGGUUUUUUCUUAGAGAGCCAAUUGAGGCUGGCUCGAAUAAACAGACGUAUAUUCAUAUCGCAGCCUUUUCAUUAAAUUCUAUCCAUUUUUCUCUACUCCAUAACAAUUCACAAUUAACCUUGCACAUGCAGAUGUCAAUGUAA